AUGAUAUUCUCACGAUCCGGGCGAUCAGUCUUUCCUUUACUUCCUCCAUACGGAGCACACGAUCCUUCUAACGGGCGAAUCAUUCCUUUGCACCCAGAUGGCCUCACGCCAUACCUUGGCCUGCGCGCCCGACUAUCACAAGUAUGGAUCAAUCGCUGGACGAUAUUGUUGAUCCUGGUGCUGGUUCGAGUUCUAAUCGCCAUUGGAGAUGUUCGCAGUGACAUGGCCUCAGCUAAGCGUGAGGCACUGUCUGCAUGUACCUCCGUGGAGUCCAUGGGCAGUGUGAUGGCCUCCAUGCCACAUUAUCUGGCUUCCGGGGUCAACGAGCUCACUGCUUCGGGAGUCGAACAUGCCGUGAAUGGCCUGAACUCCAUGCUUCUGCUUACAAUCACGGGCGUGGAGGAGAUCAUCCUGUUCAUUAUCAAGAUCAUGUACCAGACCUAUCUCUGUCUCGCCACGAUGGCGGUACGAAGUAGCGUUCACGUUGCUACCGCGCUGAUUGAGGACGUGGCGGGCUUCUUAAAUACCACCAUCAAAGCGGCUGCAAAGGAUAUUCAAAAGACGGUGACCACGUUCGAACACGCGCUCGAUGAAUUCGCCGGUCUAGUCAACACUGCGGCAAGCGCCUUGGGUGCUUCUCUGCCAUCGCUCAAUCUGAAUAGUUCCCUUAGCGUGUUGGACGAUAUCUCCCUCCCGUCCUCGAUUAACACCACUCUCGAUAAACUGAACAACGACAUCCCUUCAUUCGACGAGGUACAGAACUUUACUGAGAGCAUUAUCCGACUUCCCUUUGAAGAGGUCAAGAAACUCGUGAACGCCUCGCUGGGGACGUACACUUUUGAUCGCAACGCGCUACCCACCCCGGCAAAGCAGCAACUGGCAUUCUGCAACGACAACGACGGCAUCAACAGCUUCUUCAAAGGCGUUACCGACAUUGCUGUCACCGCACGAACAAUCUUCAUCGUCGUCAUCCUCCUCGCAGCUGUUCUUGCCUGCAUCCCCGUCGCUUGGCAGGAAAUCCGCCGAUGGCGUCAGAUGAAGGAGCGCGCUCAGUUGGUCCGCAAAGAAGCUCACGACCCAAUGGACGUCGUCUAUAUCGUCUCUCGCCCUUACACAGCUGCCGCAGGAAUCCAGGCUGCAAGCCACUUCAGCAACAGUCGUCGACAGAUCCUCGUGCGCUGGGCCAUUGCGUACGCCACCUCCAUGCCGGCACUGUUCGUUCUCGCCCUCGCCAUCGCAGCACUACUCUCCUGCCUCUGCCAAUACAUCCUCCUCAGGAGUGUUGAAAAAGCCGUUCCAGGACUAAGCAACGAAGUAGGCGCUUACGCUGACAAAGUCGUUGGUGCGCUCUCGAAUGCCUCAGUAGCAUGGGCCACCGAUGCAAACAAGGCGAUCGACUCUAUGGACGCCGAUCUGAACAAGAAGAUCUUCGGCUGGGUGAACACCAGUACAACGGCUGUCAACGACACACUUGAAACCUUCGUGGUAAAGACUCAGAACGUCCUGAAUGACACCUUCGGCGGCACCCUCCUCGAAGAACCCGUUCAAGAACUCUUCGAGUGUCUCCUCGGUCUCAAGAUCGAAAGCGUCCAGAAGGGUCUCACAUGGGUCCACGACCACGCCCAUAUCGACUUCCCCAAUCUUCCAAACGACACAUUCUCUCGUGGCGCGAAAGAUAGUAUCUCCAACGACACGAACCCCUCCGCUAGCUUCCUCGCCGACGCGGGGGAUACCACAUCCAACAAAAUUACGGAGGUAGUACAAAAUGUCAUCGACAAACUCAAAGACGGUCUCCGCACGGAAACCCUCAUCGCCACGGCCAUCCUUCUCCUAUGGGUUGUCAUCGCCUUGAUCGGUAUCCUCCGCGCAAUGACUCUCUUCUGGGGCCGGGACCGGAAUCGCGGCGAUGGAGGUGGCCAUGCCAUGGACCCUGUGCGUGAUAACUCGGGGCCUAGAAACCCGGGACCCGCACCAGACUCGAGAGACUUUACGGAUAUUCCUUUGACAGCUAUCCCGAGGAAUGAGCUUGGUUUUAUUCAGGCCGUGCCUCGGUAUGAGACACCCGCUGCGGGCACUUCGCAGGAUAGGGCUGAGCCGUCGUUCAACGAUGAGAAGGUUGGCUUCGCGGGACAGCGGAAUUAUGAUUCUGCGCUCAAGGUUGAUGCUGAACCGGCGUCGCGGAAAAGCAAUUAUGUGGAAUAUGAUGGGAAAAGGGGUUGA